AGUUUUUCUAAUGGAAGAACAUCCAGUUCUAUCAUGAUGGCAUUUGCACCUCCAAAGAGCACAGAAGGUCCCAAAAUGCAGACAAAGAUGAGUACCUGGACACCCCUAAAUCAUCAGCUUUUGAAUGACCGGGUAUUUGAAGAAAGAAGAGCUCUGCUUGGAAAAUGGUUUGACCAAUGGACAGACUCCCAAAGGAGAAGAAUCCUGGCGGGCCUGUUAGAGCGCUGCUCCCUGUCACAGCAAAAGUUCUGCUGUCGAAAGCUUCAGGAAAGAAUUCCAGCAGAAGCUCUGGAUUUUACUACCAAGCUCCCAAGAAUGUUGUCAUUGUACAUCUUUUCUUUCCUGGAUCCCCGGAGCCUUUGUCGCUGUGCACAGGUGAGCUGGCACUGGAAGAACUUAACUGAGCUGGAUCAGCUCUGGAUGCCCAAAUGUUUGCGGUUUAACUGGUACCUUGAUUUCUCUCCGACUCCCUUUGAGCAGGGUAUAUGGAAAAAGCACUACAUUCAAAUGGUGAAAGAACUUCAUGUCACCAAGCCUAAGACACCUCCAAAGGACGGGUUUGUGAUUGCUGAUGUUCGACCAAUUACAAGUAGUACUCUAGAGGAAAAGCAGUCUUCCUCAUCGGCUUUCCGGUCCUCUUCCUCAAGAAAGAAAAAUCACCCAGGGGAGAAAGAACUCCCACCCUGGCGAUCCUCUGACAAGCAUCCAACCGAUAUCAUUCGUUUCAAUUACCUGGACAACUGUGACCCCGUCGAGCAAAUCUGGCAAGGAAGAAGGAAAAGGCAUGAAGUGACCCCAGACUCCAGCCAACAGUCUCACGAUAAGAAAAAUAAAUUGCAGGACAGAUCUAAGCUAAGAAGAGCACAGUCAUUGAUAUCCCUAAGUGCAGCGCCUGGCUCCCAGCCCCGAGCUCCAGCUCCUCCUGCCUGGCCACCCUCUCAGGUAGCGGGGCUCCCAGCCACCGAAGCAGCGAUGAAAAUCCUCACGCAGCACCUGCAGAGACACUCUGAGUUUCAGUCAUUCCCCAUCCAGGCUCCAGAGCCGAAGCUGGUUUAAAUACUGAAGGGAUUUUUAUAGAAAUGGCGAGAUGCUCUGGCCGUUGGAGAGUGGAUGGUAUUGACUUCUCUAUGAGAAACUUACAGCUUAGGUACCUAAUCGUGAGAGCGAGUCCUCCAGGUUCCGGUGAAGGGCAUUCAUUGGGUAAGAGCUGACCUCGUUACAAAGUUAGGCAGGAAUGUGAUGAUGGAUAGAGCCACGGGGUUGAUGAAGGGACACGUCAUACACUGUUGGGUGCAGGAGGCAGGGUCCCUGCAGAGUGCAGAGAGCACAUUCCCAAGGCUACCCGAGCAGUUUAAUGAUGGGGCUAUUUGGCAUUUCAGUUUGCUAGGGCAGCUGCAACAACAUACCACUGUCAUAGCCGUCUGGGCUGCUAUAGCAAAAAUACCACAGAUGGGGGGCUUAUAAACAACAGACACUUACUGUCUCACAGCUCUGGAGGGGGGAAGUCCAAGGUCAAGUUGUCAGCAGGGGUGGUUUCUCCUGAGGCCUCCCUCCUGGGCUCUCCGAGGGCUGCCUCCUCCCUGGGCCUUCACAUGCCCUUCCCUUUGUGCAUGUCUGUGUCCUGAUCUCCUCUUAAUAAAAGGACACAAGCCAUACGGGAUUAGGGCCCACCCAUAUGACUCUUUUAACUUUAAUUACCUCUUUGAAGACCCUAUCUCCAAAGACAGUCACAUUCUGAGGUCCUGGAGGGUUAGAUUUCAGCAUAGGGAUUUGGGGCCGGGAGGCGGUGGGGGGAGAUGACAAACCCACCCAUAAUGCCCACUGUGGGUGGGGUUAAAAGAAUCAAAAUGAGAUGGUAAAGCGCCUGUCGCCAUCAGGGGAAGCCUUCAUCAUCCUUUGGCCUGGAGAGGCAAAGGGAAAGGGCACUUGGGUGCUGUAACCCAGGGGGAACUGCAGCCACAAGAGAGGGGCACCCAGCAGGACGUGUGCCAUUUGGUGGAGGAGUGCAGCCACUGGGGAAACCAAGGCCCGCAGGGCGGGAAGAGGGGAAAGGCCCGACCCUUGGACAUUCCGACUGUGUCUCGCUUUGGUCAGAGAACAGAGAAGCCCGGGGAUGCAGCUCGUCGACGCCAGGCUCUGAGGCAGGUAGCGGGGCUGGGAGGUUCGGCCAGAUCGGAGGAGGGGCAGCAUAUGCGUGGGUCAGGGGGUCAUAAGCAGCACAGUGGGGGAGAAUGUGUGCGUUUCCGAAGGAGGAGUGAUGAUAGAUGUUCAAGGAUGUAAAUGGGCUUUAAAGAGAUAUUGUUAAACAGAAAAUGUUACUCAGCGGCGAAACACUAGUCAUAUAUUCUGAACUAAACCGCCUACUCAUAUAACCAUUUCUAGGUCCCAGAAGUUCCCAAUCUAGGAUACUUAUUUCCCUAAGUAAAGCAGGUAGAAAAACAAAUGUGUUGAUUAAUCGUGUAAUGUUGAACACUUACGUUCUUAUACUACAUACUAUA